AUGGAUGCCAUCGCAGACAGAGCGUUCGCAGACACGCAGGCAAAUCCUCACAAGCUUGUCGACGAAACACCAUCUUCUCUUGCAGUGGUACUCGAUAUAAAUCCUCUGGAAUGGCGCAAACUGGAAGAAUCUGGAUCCAUUAAUCUGAGACAGGUUGUGUCUUCCGUUAUUGUGAUGCUGAAUUCGCAUCUUUCGUUGAACAGCUCAAACCAAGUGGCUCUAUAUGUUGCAAACAGUUACUCACACGGAGCACAGUUGAUAUACCCACAUCCUGAUUCAACAGUGUCUUCUAGAUUUUUACACACACCUGGAAUGUACCGACAAUUUCGAUUUAUUGACGGUUCGAUAGUGGACCAGAUUAGUCACAUUUUAAGCGAACAACCAGAGACUCUGGAGCAGCUUGUUGGUCGCGAUCCAAAAAACCAGCAUGUGAAGGGAACUUUAGCUGGUGCCAUUUCGAUGGCACUAUGUCACAUCAACAAGUUACAGCAAUCAGACGAGCUCAACGCCUUGAACUCGCGUAUCAUGGUGGUGAGUAUCAGUGAUGAUAGCACCUUACCAUACAUUUCUGUCAUGAACGCCAUUUUUGCGGCACAGAAGAUGAAAAUAUCUGUUGAUGUUUGCAAACUUGGUCCGAGCUCCACAUUUCUUCAACAGGCAGCAGACGCAACUAAUGGAGUGUACAUCUACAUUACCCAACCGAGCGGACUGAUACAGUAUCUGACUACGGCGCUAUUUAUUGAUCCGAUGUUGCGUCCUAUUAUUGUACUACCUACUGACGAAGCAAUUGACUUCAGAGCGUCGUGUUUCAUCACAAACAAAGUCAUCGACGUGGGAUACGUGUGCUCGGUGUGUCUCUGCAUAUUAAGUAUAAUUCCUGACGACGAGAAGUGUCCAACAUGUCAUUCGAAGUUUGAUCACAAUUUGAUCACCAAGUUGAAGAGAAAACCUAAAGCACUUCCGCUAAAGAAGAAGACUAAAGAAUAA